AGUUUGGUAUUUAAAUAGACUUUGUAGAAUAGAAUUGUUGAGCGUACACACAGACAUAACGGCGUUCAACAAGAACAGAACUUUGUUGGUGCAACUAUCGUGAUAAAUCCUUGCCUUGCUGGCUGUUAAUUAAUUGUUAAUUGUUAUUUUACUUAAAGAAUGUUUUAGACACCAUUUGUGAUUUGUGUUAGUAUUCAGAACUAAAAAAAAAAAACGGAAAAAAAGAUAGAUAAUUAAAUCACGCGGGAUAUUGAAAAUGCUCAUUUAGGCCGUUUGUAUUUAGUUAAGUGAAGUAGUAAAGUAUGAAAACUAUUACUCUUGAAUCUUUAUUUCACUAAGGAUGUUAAAUAUAUCUUUGAAAAUGUUAAAAAACAGUAAAAAACUAUAAAAACACACGGAAAUACUGGUAUAAGCUAUUUGAAUGGGAAAUGUUGCUAAAAUUUAAGAUUACUGAUUAAAAGAAAACGUAAUUAUUCUAGCUACAGAGGUAACGUAUAUAAAAUGGACGGAGUAUGUAGGGACAGUUUUGGAUUAUUGAAUAAUUCUAUUUUUAAUGUUUGGACAUGUUCAUUGUGUUAUAUUUAUUUAUUUCCGAAAGAAAAAUUAAAAUUCAAUUAUGAUAGAACAUCGCCCGGCUUAAUAGAUGUAGAUGUACGAAGUGGUUACAUAAGAAAAGAUGCUUCGGAUAUAAAGAGCACUGAGUAUAUCUGUGAUAGCCUGGACGAACAUGAGUGUACCAGAUGGAAAGACUGUUGUAGAUCAGCCGAACAGUGUUGCCAGCAUCAACGGGACACACCUUUGCCAACUAAAAAAAAAUUCUGUCCACGCACUUGGGAUGGCUGGGGCUGUUUUGACGAUACCGAUCCUGGAGAUACCGUUAAGAUUUCGUGUCCAAGCUACAUAAAAUAUGGAAGUCUGCAAGGUCAUGUUGAGAAAUCUUGUACAGACAAUGGAACGUGGGUGUUACAUCCGGACACUGGGAAAGAAUGGACAAGCUACAAGGGGUGUGUAAAUAUAAAGGGUAUCGGCGGGGUGGUUUAUGCAGAGGUGGCAGCAAAUGCAUUCAGUCUUCUGCUUCUUGUUCCGUCUGUGGCAAUUUUUCUGACAUUCAGGCAACUGCGAGGUCAGCAACGUAUACAAUUGCAUGUCUGUCUGUUUGUUUCGUUUAUCAUGACUUCAGUGCUUAAUAUGAUUUGGGAGCUGGUUGUGUACAGUGACCGGAUACAGAACCCAGCACAUGAAACUUUUAUGUUUCAAAGACAGAACACAUGUAAACUAAUCAACAUCCUUGGUCGCUACGCAACCGCUACAUCUUUCUUCUGGAUGUUUUGUGAGGGACUGUUUUUACAUCGUCUCCUCGUGCACGCCUUCCGUAGCCCACGCAACAUAAGGCCGUAUUGUGCCAUUGGGUGGAUUGGACCAUCAAUCCCAGUAUGUGUGUAUUCUAUAAUGAGGUGGAAGUUUGCAAACGACAUCUGCUGGGUCAAUAAUGCCGGUGCAUUUGAAUGGAUAUUAUACUCUCCAAAUCUUUUAAGCAUACUAAUCAAUUUGAUAUUUUUGCUGGGAAUUCUGCGAAUACUGUUAACACAACUUCACCAACAUCCAAAUGAGCCAAGUAAUUACAGAAGAGCUAUAAAGGCAACAUUUGUGCUGGUUCCGCUAUUUGGCCUACAGUUGUUUCUUGUCAUAUAUCGUCCAAGCAAGUCCAAGUGGCUUAACGUCUACGAAAUAGCUUCAAAACUCAUCAUAGGGUCUCAGGGAGGCAUCAUAGCACUUGUAUUUUGCUAUUUCAAUGGAGAGGUAAUUACCUGCCUGAAGAAUUCACUGAGAAAACUGGAAAUUUUUAAAUCAAAAAGACAUUCCCUGGUAACAAACUAUACGGUAGUGUCACAAAGGUUUAGAGAAAAUGAUAAUUUUGCAAGGGAGAAAACUGAAAUGUAUGACGUGGAACAUAUUAUGUUAACGGAACCUAACCGCACUGGCAAUGGAAAAAUAUAAUUAACAUAAUACUAUACUUAAAGUGAUUGAUUGCUUUAAAACUAAAGCUAUGCUGAAUAUGUAUGAACCAUAAGCACAGAAAUAUGGAGACAAGAGAACUAAAAAGGAAUGCAAAAAAGGCAGACAUAUUACCGCAAGGCACAGAAACCUAGAAAUACAUUAACGAACAUGAAAAUCCACUUAAACAGAAUAGAUAUUACUACAUUAUGAAGCGAACGUUGACAUAUAUAAAGAAAAAGACUGGAAAAGAUAACGGAUUUGCACAAGAUUAUGCAUUUUGGUUAUCAGUAAAACGGCUACCAACCGUCGAUAUUUCUGUCUGCUUCUUUCAUUUCUGAUAGAAAUGUUAUUGUCUGAUACUCUAGAAAUUAUUGUAAUGCUUCUGUUUCAGCUGCACGUACAAACAGACAUUACAUUGGUUCUGUUUAUUA